GACCCGAGAUGUCGCGCAUUCACGAUCAGUCGUUCUGCUCGGCCGGACUGGGGUGCGUUCAUCUGAUUGUAUCACCGCCGCGCGCAGUGUCGUAUAUAAUAUUAUAUUAAUAUUACAGUCGUGUGUACCGCAGUCGUUCGCAGACUCCCGGGAAAACUCGUUUCUCCGAGCCGCGCUCGUCGCCGCGUUUCGCGUUCACGUUAUAUUAUUUCGUAUCAUAAUAAUAUUACGUAUAUUAUAUCAUAUACAAUAAUAAUAUUGUAUCGUACUGUUUUUCGAUUUUUCGUUUCGGUUUACCUAUAAUAUAUUUUUUUUAAAUCUAUUUUUUUUUUUUUUUUUUUUAUUAUUAUUUUGUUUUUUCGUCGUCGUUGCGUCUCAGCAACCCCCGAGGGUUUCUCCCGACACCCUCACGCGGUAUUCGUGUCGUCGCGCCGUUAAAGCCGGUCCCUAUCGCUUCGCGCCGACGGGACAUUUUUCCACCCCAUAUCUGUGGUACCUAGACAUGUGACAUGAAGGCCACAAUUAUAAUCAAAACAAUUGUACUGAUGACCCUCGUGGUCGACGAGAUCUCCAGAGCUUACGCCAAACACCGCGAAGGAAAAUACAAAGGCACCCACUGGUGGGGAAUCGCAAAAGCUGGCGAACCUAAUAAUUUGGCUCCUAUGACUCCUGGCUUGAUGCUUAUGGACACAACUUCGUUGACAUUACUGCGCAACAAGCAGAGAAGGAUGAUCCGUGAACAUCCGGGUGUAUUACAAGCAAUCAGUAGAGGCGUCAACAUGGCACUGCAAGAGUGUCAGCACCAGUUCCGUAAUAGGCGUUGGAACUGUUCAACUAAAAACUUCUUAACUGGCAAAAACUUGUUUGGGAAAAUUGUGGACAGAGGUUUCAGGGAGACGGCGUUCAUCUACGCGAUCACCAGCGCGGGCGUGACGCACGCCGUGUCCAGGGCGUGCGCCGAGGGCGUGAUCGAGACGUGCACGUGUGACACCACACACCAGCGGCGUGGACCGUACAUCCAAAACUCGGUGCCGGGCGUCAAGGAUUGGGAGUGGGGCGGUUGCUCGGACAACAUAGACUUCGGGUACAAGUUCGCCAGGAUGUUCGUGGACACUGGAGAGCGGGGCCGCAGCCUCAGGGAGAAGAUGAACCUGCACAACAACGAAGCCGGCCGCAUGCACGUACAGUCGGAGAUGAAACAGGAAUGCAAGUGUCACGGCAUGUCGGGGUCGUGCACCGUGAAGACGUGCUGGAUGAGACUGCCGAUAUUCCGUUCGAUCGGCGACAACCUCAAGGACAGGUUCGACGGAGCGUCCAGGGUGAUGGUGGGCAACGCGGGCGGUCUGCGCCGGUUGCGGAGCAAGGACAACGCGCAGAACAAGCACUACGAACAGCAACAGUCGCAGGAUCCGCAGCAACAGCCGCAGCUCGAGCAGCAGCAACAGCAGCAGCAGCAGAACGGCGGCGGUGGCGGCGGCGGCAGGAGGCGCGGCGGCGGCGGCGGCGGCCGGAACAGGUACAACUUCCAGCUGAAGCCGUACAACCCGGAACUGAAGGCUCCCGGCACCAAGGACCUGGUGUACCUGGAACCGUCGCCCGGCUUCUGCGAACCGAACCCGCGUUUGGGCAUACUGGGCACCCACGGUCGCGCCUGCAACGAGUCGUCCAUCGGCGUGGACGGGUGCGACCUGAUGUGCUGCGGCCGCGGCUACAAGACCCACCAGGCCCUGGUGUCCGAACGGUGCAACUGCACUUUCCUGUGGUGUUGCGAGGUCAAGUGCAGCGUGUGCCAGUACCGGAAGACGAUCAACACGUGUCUGUAGACGCCCGCCGGCCGCACGCGCUCGAACGCACCCGCGUGGACCAGCUGACGUCGCUUAUUAUAUGACAUCAUUCCAUAUACAUAUACAUCCAUCAUUCCUAUAUAACGCACAUGCAUGAUAAUUGCAUGUUCGAUUUACGUCGUUUUCGUGUGGUGUGCGCACACUGCGCUCACGUGCAAGCGCAUAAUAUGAUCACGCGAUUAUCGUACGAUUUCUGUUCUAUAACCAUUUUACAUUAUCCAUUUAUUUUUUAUUUUUUUUUUUUUUAAUAAUAUUUAUAACACGCGCAAUAUCUGUGUAAACGAACACUCGGCGUACCGCACACAAUAAAUACCGACGACGGUAAUAUCUCAGCAGCGGUCAAAAGUCCGCCCGCAUCCGGUGCCGUUUUUCCAAUCGCAAAUUAUCAUAUUAUAAUAUACAGUCUGCGCGAGACGGACGAACGGCAUACGACGCGUAUUUCGUUUCAUGCGAUUUUUUUUUUUUUUUUUUUUUAAUUAUUAUAAUACUUCUACUUUCUAUUUUCAAUUUUUUUUUUAUAAAAAUAUUAUGACACCGUCAAAACUCAAAAUGCAAACCGUUAUUCCACACGCAGCAUUUUUUUUUUUUGAAUGCUGUACACAUCCCCCGCUAUACCAAACGUUAAUUUAUUUUUUUUGGACUAAAAUCUAUGAACGGAAAAUAGAAACAUUGUUUUAUUUUUCAAGUUUUUAUAUUGUAAUUUUGUAAUUAUUAUUGUGCAGACAUUUAAUUUAUUAUUAUUAUGCGAUUAAUUUAUUAUCAUUAUUAUUAUUUUUUUUUUUAUAUAAGCAAAUUUUGGUUGUUUUAUUAUUAUUAUUAUUUUUUUUUAUGAACAGUAUUGAGUACCUCUUAACUAACAUUGUCAUAAA